AUGGGGCGGUGUCUUCUUCGUCCGCAAUGCAAGAGACUAAGGGAGAUAUCCCAAGGCCCCUACGCUGAAGCCAUCCUGCGUUUCCAGAUCUCCUUCCCCGACACAUACCCUUCAUCACCGCCGCUGGUCACUUUCUCCACAGAUGUCUUCCACCCGCUAGUUGUGCCGUCGACCACAUAUACCUUCAGCGCCAAUCUUGAGGCCUCGAGCACCGUCAGCGCAUCUGACGAGCACCGUCUACCGCCUGGCGCGUUCAGCCUGAGAUAUGGCUUUCCUAAUUGGUUUGCACGCGCAGGAGCACAAGGAACCACAACGACCACACACGAGAGGGAGGGCGGUGCGUCGACCGAUGAUGUUACACAGGGAGAUGUGAACCAAGCACAGGGGGAGAGUGACCAGCGAUCUAAACCGUCCAGCCCAGAGUCCACAACAGUCGAUGCUCAGGCCACCACUCAGGCUAUCAACUCAGCGCAAGUAGAUCGCAAAGCCACGCUCCUCGCCCUCCUCCACCACAUCCACGCCUCAUUCACCGACCCGUCCAUCCUCGACCCCCUCCCGAUCUCCUCCGCCGGCAACCCCAGCGCCUGGCAUGCCUGGCGCGCACACCGGAGCCUUAACUCUCCCACAAGUGCGAUCGCUGCUACUGGCGCAGACGCAUCAGCCCCGCUAGGUACCGGGCCAGCGACGGGAUCCUCCUCCUCAACAUCUCCGUCAUCACCCAAACACCCCAGCGCAUGGAAAUGGGACGGCGUGUGGGAAUCCAGGGUCGAGAGCGCCAUCCGCGAGAGCAUUGCUGAGAGUGCUUUAUUUGGUUCGCCCGCGGCUUCGGGGGGACCUGGGGCCGGCCUUGGGCUCGGUUUUGGCUUGGGCGGUGCGAGAGGGGAGGUAGGGACGCCCGGCUCAAGGUUUGCGUCUUCUCCGUCGAUGGGCGGUGGUGGAGCGUCUGGCACCGCGGCAGCUGGAGGGUCGGAUCUCGACGAUCGACAAAGGCUACAGGCCAUCGCAGACAGGCAGAUUCGCUUCGCUAAGAUCCCGGAUGAUAGUUUGUUGGAUGUUAGGCGGCAGGCAGGAUUUCUUGCUCCAGCCAUGAACGUGGCAAGGUGA